AAAGGGUGUGACAGAAGUGACUUGCUUGUGCAUGUCUGCCUUAACGCUGUACCUUUUAGCGAGAAUGUCAUCCUGUGAGUCAUGGACGUCGUCAUAGACAUGCAUACGUAAUGCUUCGAUUAGUACGGAAGCGUACGUCGACGUCGCCGCCAUACUGGAUGUGGCUGAGUGUGGAAGAUGAACUGCCUUAUUUGUGUAGCACCCGUUUUCCACCCCAAGCAUAAUUUCACGAGUAUAUCUUUACAGUCGCAGGGCGGACACUCUACCACUAGGCCACUGAGCUGUGUGCUGCUGCUGCGGCGGCGGUGAAGUGUGUGUUAAUAGAGCCUGUCGUCACUGGGAUGCGGCUGCCUGCUCGUCGAGAGCCUAAGCAAGACCAAAGAUGACUGCAGCGCCCCAACCACGUUUCCUGGUCCUGUUUGACUUUGACGAGACGCUCGUGAAUGAGAAUAGCGACGAUGCGGUGUUGCAGGCUCUGCCGGGCCAGCAGCUCCCCGAUUGGUUGAAGAACAGCUACCGCGAGGGCCACUACAACGAGUACAUGCGGCAGAUUCUGGCCUACAUGGCCGAGCAGGGCGUGACGCCCCACGCCAUCCGCUCAGCCCUGGAGAACAUCCCGCCCACACCCGGCGCCCUCGCACUGUUGCACUUCCUCCAGAGCCACCAGGACGACUUUGAGCUGGCGGUAGUCUCGGACGCCAACAUCUACUUCAUCGAAACUUGGCUGAAGCACGCGGGGGUGCGCCAUCUCUUCCAGAGGAUCUUCACCAACCCGGCCAGCUUCGACGACGCUGAGCGUCUGGUGCUGCUCCCCUUCCACGCCCACUCGUGCCCCCGUUGCCCUGACAACAUGUGCAAGCAAGUCAUUCUGAGGGAGUAUCUGGCAUUGAGGCAGAAAGAGCGCGGCACGCCUUUCCAGCAAGUGUUUUACGUCGGUGACGGCGCCAAUGACGUGUGCCCCUCGCUGGCCUUGGGUCCCCGAGACGCUGUCUUCCCUAGGAGGGACUUUCCCCUGCACAGCCUGCUGAAGUCCGAGGGCACACAGUUUAAGGCUAACCUGAUUCCCUGGAGCAGCGGCCAGGACGUCAUGGACUGUCUAAAGAAAAUCGUGGAAGAGAGAUGAUAAUUGAUGAGACGAAAACAACAGUAACAAAGGUGCUUAAAUCAUAUAAAAUAGAUCAUUUAGAAGUAUACUAAGUAUUUGCAUUUCCAAGUAUAUAUAUUAUGAAAUAUAACUAUAUAACUAUAAUUUCUAAUACCGCUCGCAUUAAAAUCAAACUCUGAAUUUUAGAAGGGAUCCAAAUAUUUAUAUUUGAAAAAUAACAUCAUAAAGUCCACUGGAAAACAAUUUUAAAUAAAAAAAAAUAUAUAUAUAUUUUAGGCAGCAUAUAAAAAAAAACAGUCUGCAUAGACUUAUUCAACAUCUGGAAAAAAAAUAGUGUGAGGAGCUUAAUUGCUUAAGUCAUACAUUUUUCGGUUGCUGAUUUUUUAAUUUGUUUUUAAGUUCAGGUUUUGACGCUAAAAAUGAUUCAUUAAGAAAUUAAAAUUGAAACACAUUGUGUCCGCUUCACAGAGCAUAGGGACCAGGUCCACAAAAAUGUGUAAAUAAUUGCCACCCAUUAUAAAUGUAGUGGGGGGAAAAAAAACAUGCUACAGUAUUGUAGACGCAAGUAAGCGAUUGAUUUGACGACAUCAGUCAAGAUCUCGUUGUGACAUGAUCAAUGACCCUGACCGCGGAUCUUUGUUGAUCAACACUUGUCGUAACUGAUAAAUCCAUCAUGCAAACGAACAAAGCGAAGCGAGCCACGAUGAGGCAGGUUGAUUUGUUUAGGUAACACGGUGCUUUCAGGGUACUUUCACAACAUUUACGCUUGCACGUGCUGUUCGACAAAUAGUUUUUCUUUAAUUGUGCUUUUAAGAUUGAGCAAAAAUUUCCAUUCACUGCCCAACCCUUUGCUUAAAACACCCGUUCCUCUAGUAUUCUGAAUCGUCUCCUUAUGAAUACAAAGAAUCCGCUACAAUAUGGAAUCGAUGCUGACGCAGGUUUCCAUGGACAUUCAAUGUUAUGGGAUCAGGUACGAAGUGGUGAAAUGAGCGCAUCGGCUUACAAAAGAAAGGGGCGAUACCUAAUCUAGUUCUUGAAGAUACCGCGCCGUAAUCUACACCAGCAUUUAAACAACACUGUAUACCCUGCCUGCACUUUAACCCCGCAAUGGAACAUUUGAGUCAACACAGUUAACACAUUGUUAUUGCGUGCCCAUUUUGAUAUCCGCAUUUCAAAUUAAAUGCAACGUUAGUGUUUACCAAUCAAUAUUUCUAAUGAGAUUAAAAGUGCCAGCCCACCAUCUUUUGUCAUAAUGCAAAAGCGGUUAAGGUUAAUCUGACAGUGUUAACUGAAAUUCUUACUUUUGGUGUAAAUGCAGAAUGUAUAGGAGAGUUCAAAUUAAUUAUAUUUUUGAAGAAAAAAAGAAAACCAGCAAAUGUUUUAACGUCACUAUACUCACAAAAUAUGCCACCAUUGUCCCUUUUAGAAGCUUCUCAGGGAGAAGAGUUUAUUCUGUUGCUUUAUAGGAACUGUUGUAAACAUUAUUCAUCACAAUGACGUCCAUUUUUCGAUGUGCGUAAUUGAAAUAUGUGCAAUAAUGAACCCUACGCAAUAUGAUGUAUAGGAUACAUAAGGGAAACAGAUUUUUUUUUUUUAUUCCUACUACAUUUGCUUUAAUUUGGGAGCGUAUGUCCCUGCUUUCCUUUGACUAGCUGUACUUGGAUUUGAAAGAUCAAUGUAACACAACAUUGUAACAGGAAUGUAAAAGCCAUCAUGUCAUCA